AUGAUUAAAAAAAAGCCUUGUUAUAUUUGGGACAAACAAUUAAUAGAAGAAUGUGAUCGGCUCCCGGCUGUAGGCGGAAGGGCUAGUAUGGUCCAUGACUUAAUAGUGGCCUACGAUGUCUUGAAGCAUGUUACUGUUGUGAAAUCGUCCCCAGCGACAUACAAUGAUUUGAAAGAGUUCCAUUCAGAAUUGUAUCUGGACCAUUUGAAGAAGUUUACCGACGUUCAGGAUGAUUACAUGACCACUACGGAAGAUGAGGAAUGUGGCAUUGGCUAUGACUGUCCUCCUGUGUCCAACAUGUAUGGGUUGGUGUCGACCAUAGCAGGUGGUUCUAUUACUGCAGCCAGGUGCUUGCUGCUGGGCAUUACUGAUGUUGCCAUCAACUGGUGCGGAGGCUGGCACCAUGCACAUAGGUUUGGUGCGGAAGGAUUCUGUUAUGUAAAUGACAUAGUGAUAGCUAUUGAAAAGUUAAGGAGGAAGUUCCCUAAAGUAUUAUAUGUUGAUCUGGAUGCACAUCAUGGCAAUGGAGUACAAGAUGCUUAUAAUUUGAGUAAAUCAGUGUUUACUCUAUCUUUUCACAAGUUUGAACCAGGUUUUUACCCUGGCACGGGAAGUAUAGAUGAUAUUGGGACUCAGGGAGGGAUGGGCUACUGCUGCAACUUUCCUCUACAUGCAGGUUAUGGUAAUAAUACUCUGGAGUAUGCAUUUGAGAGGGUGUUCAGCUCUGUUUAUAGUCACUUUAUUCCUGACGUCAUUGUGGUUCAGUGCGGCGCUGAUUCAUGUGCGCAGGACCCUAGUGGUGGUGCAAACCUAACACAUGAGGGUUACAGUAAUUGUAUACGCAAAGUACUUGACAAACGAAAACCCACUCUUUUGUUAGGGGGAGGUGGAUACAGGCAUGACAACACAGCACGUUUGUGGACAUCCCUUACUGCUUUAGUUGCUGAAGUAAACUUAGAUGAGUUGAUACCAGACCAUAAUCAUUGGCCAGAGUAUGGUCCUGAUUAUACCCUACCUAUGGUUGCUACUCUAGUUAAAGAUACCAAUAAAAGUUCUUAUAUAGACGAGUGUAUUGAAAAAAUUAAUGGUGAGAUUAAUAAUGCAUUACUUAGAAAUUUCAUUUAUAUUCAAGUUUGA